AUAACACAUGAGAUACUAGUAUUAGGCAAGAAGCAUUAGGAAAGAAGGAGGGCAACCCAGAAGCAGAAGAAGAAGAAGAGUGCAGAAAUGGGUGAGUCCGGCUUGCAUGCGUGUGGGUUGUUUGUGCUGACUGUGAUGAUGGUGGUGGGGGUGGGGGUGGGGGCGAGUUGUGGGGGAGCCCCAGGGCUUCUGAAUUCUGAGUCAACAGAGACCACCAGUUGGAGGAAUCUUUUGGCCAAUGGCCUUGCCUGCACUCCUCAGAUGGGAUGGAACAGCUGGAACCAUUUUGGUUGCAAGAUUGAUGAGAAUUUGAUUAAGGAAACAGCUGAUGCAAUGGUGUCAAGUGGCCUUGCUGCAUUAGGAUACCAUUAUGUUAAUUUAGAUGACUGUUGGGGCGAAAAGAACAGAGAUUCUGACGGGAAUUUGGUUGCUAAGCAUUCAACAUUUCCUUCAGGCAUCAAGGCUCUAGCAGAUUACGUUCACAAGAAAGGGUUAAAGUUUGGAAUUUAUUCAGAUGCGGGUACUCAAACUUGCAGUAAGACCAUGCCUGGUUCACUAGGCCAUGAAGAACAAGAUGCAAAAACCUUUGCCUCAUGGGAAGUCGAUUACUUAAAAUAUGAUAACUGUGAAAACACCGGUAUAAGGCCUCAGGAAAGGUACAUUAAGAUGAGUAAGGCUUUACUGAAUUCAGGAAGAUCCAUAUUUUUCUCCUUAUGUGAAUGGGGACAAGAAGAUCCUGCUACUUGGGCUAAGGAUGUAGGAAAUAGUUGGAGGACAACGGGAGACAUUGAAGACAACUGGGCUAGCAUGACAUCUCGGGCAGAUGAGAAUGACAAAUGGGCAGCGCAUGCUGGCCCUGGUGGAUGGAAUGAUCCUGACAUGCUUGAAGUAGGAAAUGGUGGCAUGACAAAAGAGGAGUACCAGUCUCACUUCAGCAUAUGGGCAUUAGCUAAAGCCCCAUUGUUGAUUGGCUGCGAUGUUCGAUCAAUGGAUAAUUCAACCUUUGAAUUGCUUAGCAAUAAGGAGGUUAUUGCUGUCAAUCAAGAUGAACUUGGUGUUCAAGGGAGAAAGGUUAAGAAAGACGGGAAUCUUGAGGUAUGGGCGGGUCCUCUCUCUGAUAACAAGGUGGCUGUAGUCCUUUGGAACAGAGGAUCAUCGCAAGCAAAUAUGACAGCUCAUUGGUCAGAUAUAGGCCUCAGUCCCUCAGCUGUUGUUGAUGCUCGAGACUUAUGGGCCGAUUCAACUCAAUCAUCGGUUCAAGGACAACUUUGGGCCCAAGUGGAUUCUCAUGCUUGUAAAAUGUAUAUCCUCACACCCAAGUAGGAGUUCAAUGUGCUACUUACUUGGUGAAGCUACUAGUUAUGUGUUCCUAGAUCUUUGUGUACUUUCUAUGGUUUAAAAAAGGCAAUAAAGUUUUCUAUGGCGGUUUAUGAAACA